AACAUGUGAACUAUGACUUAAGCCGAUAAUAUAAAGGGUUAUCUGAGCUUCUGCUGCCAUGACACAGUCGGUUGUUGUCCAGGUUGGACAGUGUGGAAACCAGGUCGGCUGCAGGUUUUGGGAUCUUGCUUUGAGAGAACAUGCUCACGUCAAUAAAAAAGGAUUGUAUGACGAGGCCCUCAGUAGCUUUUUCCAGAAUGUGGAUUCAAGGAGAAGUGAUGGGAGAGGUUGUGGUGUUGGUGGGAGAAUCCAACAUCUGAAGGCCAGGGCAGUGCUGGUGGACAUGGAGGAGGGAGUGGUCAAUGAGAUCCUGCAGGGCCCUUUGAGAGAGGUGUUUGACAGCACGCAGCUCCUCACAGACGUGUCCGGUUCAGGCAACAACUGGGCAGUGGGACACAUGACCUAUGGCUCAGCCUACAGGGAGCAGAUAGUGGAUAAGCUGAGGAAGGCAGCAGAACACUGUGACUGUCUGCAGUGCUUCUUUCUCAUCCACUCAAUGGGUGGAGGAACGGGCUCUGGACUGGGGACCAGAGUGCUGAGCCUGCUGGAGGAAGAGUUCCCAGAGGUGUGUCGAAUUGUCACCUCCAUCUACCCGUCUGCGGAGGAUGACGUCAUCACCUCUCCAUACAACAGCGUCCUGGCCAUGCGAGAGCUCACAGAGCACGCUGACUGUGUCCUGCCUGUAGAGAAUCAGUCAUUGGUCGAGAUCGUGAACAAGAUCAAACACAUGUCUCAUGGUGCAAAGCCUGGGGCGACGAUCAGGAGAGACAGCACCGUCAUCUCUGGGCAGGGCGGCCUCAGUGGGGCAGAGAAGCCCUUUGAUGCCAUGAAUAACAUUGUGGCCAACCUGUUGCUCAAUAUGACCAGCUCGGCCCGUUUUGAGGGUUCCCUCAACAUGGAUCUGAACGAGAUCGCCAUGAACCUGGUCCCCUUCCCUCGUUUACACUACCUGGUUCCCAGUCUCACCCCUCUCUACACACUGGCUGAUGUCAAUGUCCCCACCAGAAGACUGGAUCAGAUGUUCAGUGACGCCUUCAGUAAAGAGCACCAGCUCAUCCGAGCCGACCCCAAGCACAGCCUCUACCUGGCCUGCGCCCUCAUGGUCCGGGGCAACGUUCAGGUGUCCGACCUCCGCAGGAACAUCGAGAGGCUGAAGCCUUCUCUGCCCUUUGUCUCGUGGAAUCAGGAGGGCUGGAAGACGGGUCUGUGCUCUGUCCCUCCUGUGGGUCACUCUCACUCCCUGUUAGCUCUGGCCAACAACACCUGUGUGAAGCCCACGUUUAUGGAGCUGAGAGAACGCUUCACCAGGCUCUACAGGAAGAAGGCUCACCUACAUCACUACCUGAAUGUGGAGGGGAUGGAGCAGAGCUUCUUCUCAGAGGCUGUCACCUCUCUCAGCUCACUGAUUGAAGAGUAUCAUCAUCUGGACGCCACCAAGCUGAAACUGAUGCCCGACGCACCCAGACUCUGCAUCGCUACAUGA